AUGCCGUUGGCAUCAGCGGCAGCAGACCUCUCCUCCGGGGGCCGCGAAGCGACCUGGCGGGGGCUGGGCAAAGAUGGCGAUGGCGGUGUUUUUGUUUUCGGCGACGGGUGCAAGCGGAAUGUCGCGGAAGCGGCGGCCGACUGGGGCGGGAAGAACAGCGCUCUCAGCACGAAGGAGUCGUCGUAUCAGUCGCUCGCUGGCGGCACCCGUGGAGCCGGGGAAGCCUCGGAAACAGAGGGCUGCGGCACCGAGCGGUACCCCGCCACCUGGCUGCAGACCGGCGGCGACGUGAGCCAGCAGGGCGCAGAGGCGCCGCCGGCGGACGAAGAAGCCCCACUGAAGCUUCGCAUCGUCCACUUCAACGACGUCUACAACGUGUUCCCUACUCCGGGGGGCGCCGGCGGCGGCGCCGCGUCCUUUUGCACGGGCGUUCAGGAGAAGAGAGGCGGGCGCGACGGCCUCGUGCUUUUCAGCGGAGACAUUUUUAGCCCGGCACCCCUCUCGGAGGCGUGCAAGGGGCGCCAGAUGGUCGAGCUGCUUAACCACAUCGGCGUGCACACUGCGUGCUACGGCAACCACGACUUGGACUUUGGCUGGGAGUGGCUGGAACUUCUGGCGGGCUCCACGGACUGCAAAUGGGUCAUGAGCAACGCCAAGUCCCGCGGGGGGCAAGGCGGAGUUCUCGCCAACGCGCAGAGGUACCGAAUUUUUGAGUGGGGAGCGAAGCCGCGCUUGACUGUGGGCAUCAUGGGCCUGAUUGAGGAAGACUGGAUUGACACACUGAACGCACCAGACCGCGACGACAUCAUCUACCAGGACUUUGUCGAGGCUGGGCGUGAGAUGGCCGCGCUGUUCAGACGCCGGGGCUGCGACUUGGUGAUUGCGCUGACGCACAUGCGGUGGAACAACGACGAAAGACUCGCGCGCGAAGUAAGUGACAUCGACCUCAUUCUGGGGGGGCAUGACCACGGUUACUUGACCAAGAUCGUGAGUGGAAAAGCUGUGAUCAAAAGCGGCUCCGACUUCCGCGAGUUCUCGUCCCUCACACUGACGCCGAAGCUGCAGAUACGCGAACAAGGCACCUCGCACCCUACGGGGCCCUGCGAAGAACACAAGCCGACCGCGCGCGGUUUGAGCGCCGCCCCGAGCCGCGCGCCCAGGGGGGCUGCGGGCGGCGCGUUGAUGGCGCGUGUGCUGGACAGUGGAAAGCCGAUUGCGUCCUCCAAGGGGUCAGUGCGAGCCGAGCAGUCCGAGGCGGGAGUCGUUGAGAACAUAGAGACAGCCGAGGGUCAGCCUGCGAAGGUCUGGAGCUCGGGGCGCUGGUGGAUUUCGUGUGAAAAGGUGCAGGUUUCCGGCGACCGAUUCGAGGCCGACGACGGAGUCAUGGAGAUGCUCGCACGGUACCAGACAGAGUACAGCAACCCGCAGGGCGGCGUGAUUGGCGUCUUCCCCGUCAGACUGGAAACCCGCUUUUGCGAAAUCCGCACACGCGAGUGCAACAGCGGCAACUGGCUUGCCGACCUGAUGCGGGAGCACGUCGACGCAGACGUCGCGCUCUACAACUCGGGGGGCAUUCGCUCGGACUGCGUCUUCGCCGAGGGCGAAGUCGUGACCGACGAGACGCUGCAUGCGCUAUUGUCCGGCACGCGGCAUUUGUGUGUGGUGGGGGUUCCUGGCAGACUCUUCAAGCGAAUUCUUGAGACGAGUGUGAGCAAGUGGCCGCAGUUGGAGGGCCGUUUUUUACAGGUGUCGGGUUUGCGCUUCGUGUUUGACGGGUCGAAGGCGGCCGGCGCGCGCGUGCUGGAAGACCAGAUCCGCGUGCUGAGCCGCGAGACGCACGAGUGGGAACCGAUUGUAGACGGCAGAGUCUAUUCCGUGACAACGGCAAAGUUCCUGGCGUGCGGCGGCGACGGAUUCUCCGUCAUGAGUGAGUGCUCCCCAGUCGCGCCCGCAAGUCGGGCUAUCAAGGACUUGUCACAUCUCGCGCGCCUCUGGCUGUGUAGACAUCACCGGCAGUGCGGCCACCAGGAUGCUGAAGACGUCCCUGAAGAGGACCGUGACUGGAUCGACCGCGUCCACAUGAGGGAGGAAAACCACGAGGACUGGAGAAUACAGAGGAUAGGCUAG